AUGGAAAUGCUGCACCCCGAGAAGGACUCGUCGAAUUCAGUGACUCGAGUCGGGCGUCUUACGGAUGCCCCUGUGCCCAUCCGUCCCCGAUCCCGUCUCGACACUAUUGCCGAGUGCGAUGAUACCCCGGGCGUAACCAAAAAGAGCUUGCCGUUAACAGCUGGAGCGGCCCCAGAAGAUGCCAAUGAGCGCAGGGGCCAAGAUAUCCCUCGAGACGACGCCAUUGACGCCGAAGGGUUCAAGACCCCUCGCCAAGUAACCAGAGCAAGUAACCCGAGGCUAAAGAGCCCGGGCAUCGCUGAUGGAAAUUGCUUCCCACAUGGACCGUGGGGCGACAGCGAUAUGGAGGCCAAUGACGCCGAUGAUGAGCACGCCGGCGAAAAUGAUAAUGAUUUUUCUGAUAACCCCGAUAACAUACCGCAAGAGCGUGAUGAGCCCACCAUUAGGCACAAGGGACCUAAGACCCCAGGUUUUGACCUGCCAGGGGCACCCAUUGACGAAUCUACCCCGGGUGCACCCCGGGUAGGUGACACCAAAGGAAAGGCAAGGGCCGAGCCCAAUCUUUACUAUAAGAACAUAGAUCAUGUCUCGAAAUUAUAUGGCAUGAACAUCGACAGGCUGCUGAAGGAAAAUGACAGCUUACAAGAAUCCAAUACAGUCCUGAACUGA